AUGGCUACAUUCACGGAGGCCUACUAUCAGUGGGUGCCCUUUGUGUUGGGCCUGCAGUGCAUCCUCUUCUACCUACCCCAAAUACUUUGGAAGACAGUCUAUACAGCUCGCGCUAGUAGCGACAUCAUUUCUCUGCUGGGAUCAGCGCGAGAAGCUGUGGCAGACGAUCGGCAAACGCGUCAACGCAAGGUUGCUCGCGUGGCCGAUUUUCUGGAAGACAUGAUUGAUGGGCACCGUUGUCAGCGAAAGGGCCGAAAAACCCGAGCGGUUAACAGAAUGUAUGACUACUGCGGCCUCUGUGUGGUGAGCAAACGCAUGGGCAUCUGCCUCGUGAUGUCCUAUCUUGCGAUAAAGAUGCUGAUUGUAGUGAAUGCUGCCCUUCAACUCUACCUCAUCCAGUGCUUCGUGGGCUUCUCUGGCAAUGAUGUACCACUUUCGGAUGACCUACUUCAGGACAACCAAUCUACCAGUCAGAAUUAUAAGACAAGUGAUCAUCCCCGGAGUUAUGCUUUCGGUUGGACCCUCUUAAACUACAUCUGGACGGGUCGUGAGUGGCCAGUGACGCUACUGUUCCCACGGGUGGCCUACUGUCGGGUACCCAAUAUACGAGCAGUGGGUGGAGACAACGCCUACACCGCUCAGUGCGCCCUCCCCAUCAACAUGCUCAACGAGAAGCUUUACAUCUUCCUCUGGUUCUGGAUCUUUUUCCUGCUAACCAUCACCUGUGGAAGUCUCCUACUUUGGUUGCUUCGCAUUGCCAGUCCCUUCCAUCGCAGACGGUUUGUCUGGCGCUACCUUCGCUCGCACACGCUCCAGUUUCCGAAGGGGGUUCUUCAAGUCAAUGCACUGAAAGACUUUGUAGAUGUCUAUCUCGGGCGGGAUGGAGUCUUCCUUGUACGUAUGAUCGCCAUCAAUGCAGGCCAGAUCGUGGCUUCUGAGCUGGUCACUACACUGUGGAAGAAUUACUUCGACCUCAUGACAAUGCAGAUGCCACCGUUUCCGAGCUUCGAGGAGACGACUGAAGUAGUCACAAGCUUCCAGGAGGCGAUGACUGACAUCGGAUACGUCUAG